UGUGUAUUCCCAGCUAGUAACUCUGUCAGGUAGUCAGACGUGUUUCACUAACCAGCACAACUUCGCCCAAUCCGCAGCGAAGGAAACUAGUGAACACUUGACGAUCCGCAGUCAGGUCGUUUCCGUGAAGCACAACAAAGUUAUCUGCAACUACUACGAGUAGCUCCUAAACAGUCUCCAUGGCGUCCCUGGCGCCAACCAUCACGAGCACACAAACUCAAGCGAUCCUUUUCUCGUCGCAAGCAGAGCAUCGCACGCCAUUCGCGUCAGUAGAAGCUGUCGCCUCGUCAACCACCCACCAGCCUCUAUGCGCUCAAACAGACCGCCUCUCCACGGGCUCACGUGGAGUCACGCGGCCUCGAAUCCCUAACUUCCCCGAGCGGUCGCUUGGCAGAAGGCCUCUGCUAACCGGGAAGAAACCCGCAGGCGUCUCCGACGUCUUCUCCGCGGGUGCCUCCGCGCGCGCGUGUGCACCCGUGCGCGCGUCUCUCGCGCCGGCAUACGAAGAUGCGGCGAGGAUGAAUGGCCGGCCACCACGACCCACCGGCGAAACACCAGACUAUGCAGCUACUGGCGACAAUGGCGACGCGGCAGGCUUGAGCAGCCACGCGGAAUGGAACACGCAAACGGGAGGCGCGGUGGUUAAUAUGGCGGAUAGCUUCACCGGCGCAUCGAUCAAAGUGAUUGGCGUCGGCGGUGGCGGGUCAAACGCGGUCAAUCGAAUGAUCCAGAUGGGGAUGCGCGGAGUCGAGCCGUUCGUCGUCAACACUGACGGCCAGGCGCUAGAGCUGUCGCCGGUGGGGCGCGGCAACCGGCUGCAGAUCGGCGUGGAGUUGACGCGCGGGCUGGGCGCGGGCGGGAACCCGAUGAUCGGACAGCACGCGGCGGAGGAGAGCCGGCUGCUGCUGCAGGCCGCGCUCGCUGGCGCUGACAUGGUGUUCGUCACGGCGGGGAUGGGCGGCGGAACGGGCAGCGGCGCAGCGCCGGUGGUGGCGGAGGUGGCGCGCAGCCUGGGGAUCCUCACGGUGGGCAUAGUCACGCUGCCGUUCUCGUUCGAGGGGCAGCGGCGCGCGGCGCAGGCGGUGCGCGCGCUGGAGGAGCUGCGGGGGGCCGUGGACACGCUGAUCGUGAUCCCCAACGACAAGCUGCUCAGCGCCGUUGAUGUCAGCACGCCCGUGAAUGAGGCGUUUGUUAUGGCGGAUGACGUGCUCCGACAGGGCGUGCGGGGGAUUUCGGAUAUCGUGCAGGUGCCCGGGCUGGUGAAUGUGGACUUUGCGGAUGUGAGGGCGGUCAUGGCCAACGCGGGCUCCUCGCUCAUGGGCAUCGGGGUGGCUUCAGGCAAGCACAGGGCGCGGGAGGCGGCGCAGCAGGCGAUAGAGUCGCCGCUGCUGGACACGGGGAUAGGCAACGCCACGGGCAUUGUGUGGAACAUUACCGGGCCGCCCAGCAUGACGCUCAAUGAGGUGAACGAGGCGGCGGAGCAGAUAUACCAGCUGGUGGACCCCCGCGCCAACCUCAUCUUUGGUGCCGUCGUUGACCCCUCGCUGGAUGACCAGCAUCACUCUCAUCGCCACGGGCCUGCACUCCCCCUCGUAUGUCCUGCGGUCGCCCCCAUCAGCAUCAGCAGCAGCAGCGCCGCCACCACUACCGCCACGCGUGCCCAACCAAGCAUCACCUCCAGUGCCUCACUCUCGCAACCCCAUCCCGUCUCCCCCUUCUACCGCAUACCCCCCUGCCUAUGCUGCUGCACCUGCGCCACUGCCCCUCCGCACAACCCCCCACCCCCCUCCCCCUCUACCAUUCCCCCUCCCUAUUCCUUCCCCGCGCCCACCUCCUCCCCGCCCCCCCCGCAAGCCCCUGAGAGCGCCAGUAGCAGCAUGACUGCUCCGCGCAGGGGGGGUUAUGGGUGGGCGGAGGAGGGGGUGGGGGUGGCGGCUCCGGCUGUGGGGGUGGAGGGGGCGCGGAUCAAAGUGAUUGGCGUGGGUGGAGGAGGGUCGAAUGCUGUCAACCGCAUGGUGCUGAGCGGCAUGCGCGGGGUGGAGUUCUGGGUUCUGAACACGGACCGCCAGGCCAUGGCGCUCUCCCCGGUGGACGACCGCCACUGCAUCCAGAUCGGCAACGCGCUCACACGCGGCCUGGGCGCGGGGGGCAACCCCAGAAUAGGCGAGAGCGCAGCGGAGGAGAGCCGCGACGUCGUGCAGGCAGCAGUGGCUGGAGCAGACAUGGUGUUUGUGACGGCGGGAAUGGGGGGCGGGACAGGGAGUGGGGCUGCGCCGGUGGUGGCGGAGGUGGCGCGGGGCAUGGGGAUACUCACGGUAGGGAUUGUGACGCAGCCGUUUUCGUUUGAGGGGCAGCGGCGGAAGCUGCAGGCGCGGGAUGCGGUGUCGGCGCUGCGGCAGCACGUGGACGCGCUGAUCGUGAUCCCAAAUGACAAGCUGCUGGCGGCCGUGGGGCAGAGCACGCCCAUCAACGAGGCGUUCACGCUGGCGGACGACGUGCUCAGACAGGGCGUGCGGGGCAUCUCAGACAUCAUCCAGGUGCCCGGGCUGGUGAACGUGGACUUCGCAGAUGUAAGGGCGGUCAUGGCCAAUGCGGGCUCCUCGCUCAUGGGCAUCGGGGUCGCCUCAGGCAAGGGCCGGGCGAAGCUAGCAGCGCAGGCAGCGAUCCAGUCGCCGCUGCUGGAUGUGGGAAUAGACCAGGCGACGGGCAUCGUGUGGAACAUCACCGGGCCCUCCGACAUGACGCUGCUCGAGGUGAACGAGGCAGCAGAGGAGAUCCAUCGCCUGGUGCAUCCAGACGCCAACCUCAUCUUUGGAGCGGUGGUUGAUGACUCCCUGGGAGCAGACCUGAGCAUCACUCUCAUUGCCACAGGCCUGCGUGACCAGGGCGCUCAGAUCCCCCCCGCAUCUCGCGAUGUUGGGAACCGAGCAACAGCUGUACAGCCGCAAUCUAGAACGCAAUCGCCACCACCACCUCCCCCUCGUACCGCUGCUCCUAACAUCCCAGAAUUCCUUAGGCGCAGGGCUCGACGUUAGGCGCUCAUUGAAUGAAGCAGUAGGAUAUGGUGUGUGUGAUGCAUAUGCUCUCCAUCCAUUCGGUGUGUUGGGCAAAGCCUCGUUAAGAUGGGCAAAGGGUUUCCCAGAUGCGUAGGAGACAGAAGUUGCUACCAUAGGGUCUGCCUUGUAUUUAUUUAUGUCGUGUGCAAAUUUUGGCAUUUCCCACCUAUUGAG